AUGAAGGAUGCAAUAUUGAUCAUUGGUGGUGCUUUCAAUCCUGUACAUACACAACAUAUAGCUCUGCUUUGUCUUGCUAAAGACAAACUUGAAGCUACUAGUGAAUGGAAUAUUCUAGGUGGAUAUCUAGCUGUUGCAACAGAUGGUUAUGUAUCUCAUAAACUACAUUCACGAAAUGAACGUACAAUUAAACUUAAACAUCGUCUCGCACUUGUUUAUGAAGCAAUGAAAGAUGUACCAUGGCUAUUAAAUAGUCCAUUUCAAGAAGAAAUGUUAAAACAACAUGAUGGUUCAGCAAUGGCGCUUGGUCAGCGUCUUAAACGUCUAUUAAAGAAUGAUAAUAUUCAAGUUUUAAUUCUAAUUGGUGGUGAUCGAAUGGUGAAAAAAGGUGUACCAAUAUGGCGAAAGCCAUCUGAAAAUCGAACAUCCGUUAUUCGUGUAGGUGUUGGUCGACUAAUGGAAGAUGAAAUCGAUCUAUUCACAAUUUGGCAAGAUGAUCUUGAUAAAAAUCUUAUUCAUAAUCCAAAAGAUUUUAUUCUAUUAAAUAUUCCUCUUCGAUCUGUUAGUUCAUCAAUUGUUCGUAAUCAUCUUACUCAAUGGUUUAACGCAAAAGAUAAUUUAGAAGAACAAACACAACUUGAAAAUGAUUUAGUAAAUUCGAAAUGUUUUCUUCAUUCACCUGUUAUGAGUUAUAUAAAAACUCAUCAUGAUAAUUUAUAUAUUGAUAUUUAA